ACCAGAGUGCCAGUGUGAAGCCUUGCUGAUUCUUAUUGUUAUGAUGUGGUUGCUGGUGCUGUUGGUGUGUUUUCUGGUUUGGGCUCUCGGUACUUACUGGUUCCUGUUUGGCAAACCGAGCCCUUUCUCAGUGGAGUCAGUUCGACCCCCAGGUCCAUUAGAGCUGAACCAGAAAACGAGAGAUAAAAUUCUGAAGCAAGGUUUCAGAAAAGACAAUGUUCCAGAGAAUCUGGAUGCCAUCGUGAUUGGCAGUGGCAUCGGUGGCAUUACGACGGCCGCUAUUCUGGCCAAACUGGGAAAGCGAGUGCUCGUGCUGGAGCAGCAUGACCAGGCUGGAGGCUGCUGUCACACUUACAUUGAGAAAGGGUUCGCGUUUGAAGCAGGACUGCAUUACAUUGGCCAGCUACAUGAGAACAGUCUGCUUAAGGUCAUCAUGGAUCAGCUCACAGAAGGACAACUGCAGUUUGUGGAACUGGACAAGCACAUUGACACUGUAGUGAUCGGCAGCAAAGAGAAAUGCAGGGCGUACACCAUCUAUAGCGGCAGAACUGAGAUGGAGGAGCAUUUGAAGGAGCAGUUCCCUGAUGAUACCAAAGCUAUAGAGGAGUUCUUCAAGAUCAUGAAGAUCUCAGCCAGACACACACAAUAUUUAGCUGCGAUGAAGCUCAUUCCUGAGUGGGUGGCAUUGUUCCUGCUCAGGAGUGGCAUUGCCAACCUGUUCUCCUCCAUCUUUCGCCUCGUAGGCACGGACGCCACUACAUUUGCUGACAGUCUGACCUCCAACAAAGAUCUCCAAAUAAUCUUCUACUACCUUUUUUAUGGUGUUCCACCAAAAGAAUCCAGCUGUAUCAUUAAUGCUUUGCUGUUGCACCACUACAAGCGUGGAGCGUACUUUCCAAAAGGUGGCGCCAGUGAAAUCCCAUUGCACAUCACUAAGGUCAUCCAGAAAUAUGGUGGACGUGUCUUGGUCCGUGCUAACGUAAACCGCAUCCUGGUCGACGAUAAAGGAGCUGCAUAUGGUGUCACUGUAAAAAAAGACCAAGAGGAAGUGGAAUUGCGAGCUCCUGUUAUCAUCUCCAGCUGUGGAAUUUUUAACACCUUCCAGAAACUUCUUCCAUCGCAUAUCCAAACCAAACCAGAGAUACAGAAGAGGCUAAAUAUGAUGAGACCUGGACGAGGAUGUGUUUUAGUCUUCUCGGGUUUUGAUGCCACGCAGGAGGAACUGGGCAUCAAAUCGCACAAUAUGUGGUGCUUUAAGAAUAACAAUAUGGAUGCCAUGAUGGAUGAGUACUUCAGUAUGGGAAAGGAUGAAGCACCAGAGAACAUUCCCUUCAUGUAUUUUACGUUUCCCUCUGCCAAAGAUCCCACUUUUGAGAGCCGUCACCCAGGGAAAUCCUGCAUGAUCAUCCUGACAAUGGCUAAUUAUGAAUGGUUUGAAGAGUGGAAGGACGCUCCAGUGAGAAAAAGAGGCGAUGAUUAUGUAGAGUACAAGAUGAGAUUUGCCAACAAGCUCUUCAACUGGGCCUGCAUCCACUAUCCUAAACUGAGAGAAAAGCUGGUAUUUCAAGAGGUCUCCACACCAUUGUCUAACUCACACUAUCUUGGUUCUUACCGUGGAGCCACAUACUCAGCUGAGCACAACUUGGAGCGCUUCCAAGCGGAGGCCAUCGUCAGAAAUCGUUGUAAUACCCCUGUCAAAAACCUCUUCAUUUCAGGCCAGGAUGUGUUUAGCUGUGGUAUUGCAGGUGCGUUACACGGUGGCAUACUCUGUGCCUCGGCGGUGCUCAAACAAAUCGUGCAUUUCGACCUCAUGAUGCUAAAGAAGAAGCUGAAAACCAAGAAGGCGAGAGAGACUGCUGAUCAUGCCAAAAAGGUGCUGUGAAUUAGAAAAGCCUCCUGUAAAAGACGGGAAAUGGGAUGACCUGCACAAAUGAAUCAGGGUUUCACAUUUAUUGCCACUGGUUUGGGAAAAUAGUAUAUUAUGCGCAUGGCAAAACUGUGUGAUAAAUUCUAAUCAAUAUUACACCAGUGAAAAAAAUGCUUGAAUGAAUGAAUGGAUUUUAAUGCUCUGUUAUUUUGGUCCUACUGUAAAUCAUUUCGGUACGGAUGUACUGUACACUUUGCAGUAAUUAUUAUCCGUGACUUCUGGUAACUUCAGGUCAGAAGUGCAAAACGUACAUUCCAAUGUACAUCAAUAUGUACGGUUUUAUUUUCUUAUCUUUUUUAUUACAGCAUGCAGUUACAUACUUUCAUUGAUCUCAUACUUGUAAUAUUGUGAUGACAAAAAGAUGCAAUAAAGAAAAAACACUUGACCUUUUAAAAGGA